GGGCUAGACCUGAACACAUUUGCGCUUUAGUUUUUCCAAUAUAGCCGAACAGCUCGUUAGUGAAUUAAUAGCGUUCUCCAAAUCUUUUUUUGGUCCGCUGAAGAAAAUCACAAUGAAAUUUCCAGUUGAGAAUCUGAAGAAAAACGUGAACUGGAACCCUGAGCAAGUGGUGGUUCAGACAAACAUGGCCCCUCCAAAGAAGCCACAGCUAGGUGUGGUACAAUCCUCCCUGGUCCAGGCCAGCGUUGCUGCCAUGCAGAACCCCAUGGGCUGUGAGGCAAAGACAAAUGAACACUGCCCCCUGCCACGUCUCUCCAUCUCUUCACGCUCAGCGAGCAUAGUUGCCAGCAUGGACGCAGUAGCUGAUGGCUCGGCCCUCCACUCUGUAAUGAAGUGGAAGACGGUGUUGGCUGUGUUUGUAGUGGUCGUGCUGUACAUGGUAGUGGGUGGUUUAGUGUUUCAGGCACUAGAGGAGCCCUUUGAGAGUGAACAGAAAAACACCAUCACACAGGAGAAAGCACUCUUUCUCCAAGGGAACCCGUGUGUAUCUCCUGCUGAGCUGGAAGCUUUAAUCAAGCAUUCAAUAGAUGCAGUCAGUGCUGGUGUCAGUCCUAUCGGAAAAUCAUCCUACAACUCCAGCCACUGGGACCUCGGCAGUGCCUUUUUCUUUGCUGGGACCAUCAUCAGCACCAUAGGCUAUGGGAACAUUGCUCCCAGCACUGAAGGUGGCAAGAUUUUCUGCAUUCUGUAUGCCAUAAUUGGAAUUCCACUGUUUGGAUUUCUUCUGGCUGGCAUUGGUGAUCAAUUAGGGACCAUGUUUGUUAAGAGUGUUUUAAAGGUGGAGGGAAUUUUCCGGCAGAGGCAUAAGCAGAUUAGUCAGACUAAAAUCCUGGUCACUUCCACCAUUCUUUUUAUCCUGGCUGGGUGCAUCGUCUUUGUCACCGUCCCUGCUGUUAUUUUCAAACACACUGAAGGCUGGACUACUCUGGAAGCCAUCUACUUUGUUGUCAUUACUCUCACAACUGUUGGCAUUGGGGAUUAUGUCGCAGGUGGAGACAGGAUGAUUGAAUACAAAAAAUGGUACAAGCCACUAGUUUGGUUCUGGAUCUUAGUGGGUUUGGCAUAUUUUGCAGCGGUUCUCAGUAUGAUAGGAGACUGGUUGAGAGUCAUUUCCAAGAAGACUAAAGCAGAGGUUGGGGAGUUUAAAGCACAUGCAGCUGAAUGGAAGGCAAACGUCCGUGCCGAACUGCGGGAAACCAGGAGGCGUCUCAGUGUAGAGCUCCAUGACAAGCUGCAACGUGCUGCCACCAUCCGCAGUAUGGAACGCCGACGCCUAGGUCUAGAGCAGCGUGCACAAUCACUUGACAUGCUCUCACCAGAGAAAAGAGCUGUCUUCUCAAGCUUUGACAGGGGUCGCUUUACCACCUCCUCUCAGGACAGCAUUGACACAAAGCUGAGCAAUCUGCGAACGAAAGCAGAGCACUAUAACAAGCACACUGCAUCAGAGGAAAACAUAUUUAACCGCUUUGGUUCUCUCAGCAAGUUGGCCAAGCGCAACAGAAACAAAGACAUGCCUCCAAAUAUUGCAGAGGACACAAUGAAAAACAGCAGCAACAGCAGCAAUAACACAUUAGCUGAAGAGAGACAGGGGGUUGAUGAAGAGGAGGAGCAGGAGGAAGAGGUGAUAGAGAAAGAGAACAACACCAUGUUCACCAAUCUGCUGCAAUACACAGGGCAGAAUGAGCAGCUGAAUGAUUUUGUGCCUGCUUAGGCCAAAGAGAGAGAGAGAAUGCUGG